AAAAAAUAUAUAUAUAUAUACAUCAACUGGCCACAACAAUAUGAGCGCUUGUACAAUCGGUUGAGACGAAGAGAAAUUCUGCCUUUGAAAUGUAAUAAUAAUCAGUUAUAACCGACACACUACAGUAAUAAUUGAACAAUAUUUGUAUGAUUGGGCUUACACUUUACAGUGGUGUGGAACUGCAUUGCAUCAUGCAUAGCUAUUUCCAAAAUUUCCUCUUAGCUCACCUUUCUUAUUCUAUUGUGCAGGUGGUCAUAAUUGUUUUGGUUGCUGUAACAUGUUUGAUGCAAAGCAUUGUUUGUUUGCCCCUCCGCCCCCCACAACAGUGGCAAUGUCAAUUAUCCUUGAGGCUAAGAGCGCCCCCUGCUGUAAAUACGUCCCCUUUGAAUGUUUAUUGCCACAGAGCCGUAAAGGCUAUUAUCCAGACUCUCCCGAUAACCUUUGACUCCAUGGCUGCAGUCCUCUUGGCCGCUCUCCCUGGGGCCUGAAACAUGACUUGUGCUCUAAUUGAUCACUGAUGGUAAAACCCACUCCUAGCCUCUAAGACCCAAAUGGGACUCCUCCCCUAAGGACUCCGCCCCCUCACUCUGCGGCCACGGCGAUAGCGCUCUGGUGGUCAUUAGCGGCGCGGCCCUGCGGAUUGUUGCGCUUGCCCGUCUGCUCUGUCUGCGGUUUCCUCCCAGCAUGGGGCGCAAUGUGGGCCUGCAUCUGUCUGCACCCAGGCCCCCUUUUAUAAGAGCGCAAUUAGCUUCACUCUGAGUAAACAUUCAUCGGCACUGCCAAAGGCUGAUAGGCCAAUUGACCUUAAUUACAAGCCAGCCCACAGGCUCGCACAGCCAAAUGAAAGUGAUUGUCUUAUGUUUCACGCUGACUGUGCUUACUCUGAUGACCACACGCGCACACAACUCAUUUUCUUCUUCUACACGCUUGUCAUUACAACAUGUUUUCUGGCCACUCUACUAAUAACCAAUCCUUCUCUUCACUCAAGGACCUCUUUGUUAGAGAAAUCUGCCCUACGUCUGCUCCUCUGCACUGGCGGCUUUGCCGUUGAGCUCCUUGAGCUGUCUGCUCCACCCGUCUGCAUUAACUCAAAACCCUCCAGCCUGCGCGCUGGACGCCCAUCACCUCCCACAUACAUACUUAAAACCAUGUCGUCAUAUAUGUUCAUUUUGAAGUCGGAGCUUCCGGCGGCCAUCAGCAGCUUCCUGAGUCCAGACCAGUCGGGGGAGGCCUGGUAUGAAGACGGCAGACUGCAGCUGAUCCUCAUUACGCUAUGUGUGGUGCUCCCACUUGCAAUAUUGCCAAAAAUUGGCUUCCUGGGCUACACCAGCAGCCUCGCUUUCUUUUUCAUGUUCUACUUUGCCAUUGUAGUUGUGGUCAAGAAAUGGUCUAUCCCCUGCCCGCUGCCACAUAACGUCACCAUCUUCAUGGGUAGUUACCAGGUAUCAAAUGCCUCGGACACAGAAUGCACGCCCAAACUUUUCGUUAUCUCCAGUAGGAGUGCCUUCGCCAUCCCCACCAUGGCCUUCUCUUUCCUGUGCCACACAGCCGUCCUGCCUAUCUACUGCGAACUGGACCGGCCGACCAAAGCAAGGAUGCAGAAUGUUACCAAUGUUGGGAUCAGCCUCAGUUUCUUGCUUUACUUGGUUUCUGCCCUCUUUGGCUACCUCACCUUUUACGCUCAUGUGGACUCUGAGCUUUUGCUCAGUUACGGUGUGUACAUACCGCGGGACAUCAUGGUGAUGACGGUUCGACUCGCCAUCCUCAUCUCUGUGCUGUUGACCAUACCGCUCAUCCACUUCCCUGCUCGUAAGGCCGUGAUCUUACUGCUGCGUGGAAAUAGGCCGUUUUCCUGGCUGACCCACAUCAUAGCCACUCUGGUCAUCCUGGGACUUGUGGUCGUGCUGGCCAUCUUUGUACCCGAUAUUCGGAAUGUAUUUGGAGUCGUGGGAUCGACCACAUCCAGCUGCCUCUUGUUUGUCUUCCCCGGCCUCUUCUACCUCAAGAUUGCUCGCCAGCCUCUCAAAUCCUUCGACUCAAUCGGGGCGGUGUGUCUGAUAGUCUUUGGUUUAAUCAUGAGCGUCACCAGCUUCUCAAUCAUCAUCUUCACAUGGACACACAGUUCUUAGUCCUCACCCCCUCCCCCAUGCCUCUUUUUCAAAGCACAAAGGCAAAGACGGACAAUUUUACCAAAGAACCUUAUCGGGUGAAAUCAAGAAGAAUAGACACGUACGUCUAUGUCACUCAGGUUGUGUACUUUUUUUUUUUUUGUGGGAAAGUUGUUGUCAUCAUGCCAUUGUCCUGCCCAGACAUCACAACAACAUUUCAAAGACUUGAACACAAUUUUAGGCUGGCUGAUUGUUUCUUUUUGUUUCCCAUGAACCUCACAAUGAUUUGAGAUUCUUGUUUACAGUCUAACUUUUGCGGCUAGAAACUCUUGAACCUUUUCAAAUUGUCUAAAAAAAUGCCUUUGGUGAAACUUAACUGCUUGAUCAAGUGCUAUUCUUACACAGAUUUGUCUGUCACAAUUGCAAUUUUAGGAUUUCACAACAAAUUGUAUUCACUAAAAUUUUGUUUUUUUUAAUAAAUAUUUUUGUUCACUUACAUUCAAAACUGUUUAUAGUAUGUUUGCGGCUACUUGGUGCUUGUCAUCAGUUGAAAUCCUCUUGAUUGUACUGUACAUCAAUGAAAGACACUCAAUAAAAGGGAAAUAUUCUGUGUUCCAGUA